UUCCACGUCACCUUUAUGUACACGACGGAUCUUGUGUUGGAUCAUCGUGUUCACGUGACCAGGUACAGACGGAAGAUAAUGCGGUGAGCCAAAUUCCGAGUCCGAAUGUGAACUUCCGGAACGAUGGGCUUCUGUCUGACGAACAUGGCUGCCUCGUGGGUGCUCAGGAGAUGGUGCUCCACCUCUGUAGCAGAAGCAGGAGCAGCACCCGUCAAUGGCACCCGAUGGGAGAGGUUGAAAAAUAGCAAAUUGGGUGUGUGGUUUAGCGGCAUGUCCAGAGACUACAAGGAGGCGUGUCGUGAGAUUGUGGUGGGUGCGUGGGAGAGGCCAAUCAAAGCUUCCAUCUACCUGAGCCUUCUGGGCGGAGCCGGCACCUGCAUCUACACAAACCCCGACGACGCCUCCUUCGAGACCACCGUCCUGGAUACAGCCAAUCAGCUCGGGCUCCUGACGCCGUGGAUACGCAGUGGAACAUCGGAUGGGCACGUGCAGAAGCUGGCGAAGCUUCGUAACGAGGGAAGGUUACGUCACCUCAGCCUGGGAGUGGUCUCACUCACCUACUUCGCCGAUUACAACCCAGACGCCAGUCUUUACGAGGCCCAGUGCUCCAACCUCUCUAUCCCCUGGAGGGAGCUCCACACGCGGGUACUGGACGUUGGUUUCGCAGGUCGCUGGUGGAUCCUGGACCAUAAGAUGAAGGACUAUGAUGUGAACGACGAAGAGUUCAAGCAGCUGCCGCCUGCUAUGGCCGCCACAGUGCCCCCUGGUGUCCAGGGGGUGGAGAAUAACGAGAGGCUGCACAAAGAGUCAUGGAUGCCUCUGAAGACGGAGGAGAAGGAAAAGGUAUCGGCAGCCGUAGGGGAGGAGGGGGGCAUUGUAGAACAGAUAAAGAUGGAUAGUUUAGAUCUUGUAGAAACAAUACAAAUAAAGACAGGCAUUGUAGCUCAACCACAGGAGAUAGCUGACCAAGAACCACAGGAGCUGACGGAGACACAGGAGUAGCAGACACAAGCUCAAGCAAAGGCCUAAUGGACUCACACAUAAUGAGAUGGCUGAACAAGAAUCUCUGAAAGGACAUAUUUAUUGGAUGUUGACAAGAUGGUAUGUGUGUAUGAGUACCUUCUGCACUGUUUAACGUGUUAUAUAGCGCCUAAGCCUAUUAACACUCUGGACUAUAGCUACACAUGACAUGAUGUUAAAUAGAUUACUGUUAACAGUUUAUUAAUGAUACUUAUUUGGUAUAUAGUGCUCUAUACUGAGAUAUGAUAAUUGAUGGCAUGGUCAGCAACAUGUUAAAGAGAUUAUCUAAACAGCCACUACAAAACGUGAUAUUCUCUGGCCCUUUUGAAUUCGUUUUAGCCAGUAGUUCUGAAAGUAGCGCUCACGAGCUAAAAGUGGUCCCCGGAAAUGGUGUACUACGUCACAUGUGCACCAUGUCAUUGCUCUCGUUCUGCUGUGUGCAUCUUGUUAGCUGUCACUAAAAUAGUGAGGGGCUGAAGCUCAUUAGCUAGAACUAGAAUUGUUAGGGGGCUGGCCCAUGUGGGGGAAACUGUAGGAAAAUGGCGAAGCACAGCUUCCAGGAAAACAGUUGCUUUCAAACUAGGGAUUUCGUGGUUAAUUGAGGUGAAACAGUAAUUCUGCUCAUGGAUUAUGCCUGUAUGAACUACACAUUGACACAUCCAGCCCAAAGCAGUAGGUUUAAAAAAUACUUAGAAGUCGCCAAAGUUCCGGAGCACGUCUUUAACAAUACAAUAAACCUCCUGUAAAUGGUCUGGAUUUAUUAAUUAUUGUCAAAUUAAAGUACUAUUGUAAGAA